GAACAGAGAGAGUACGAUGUAAUUGAGGGGAGAGCUGGAGGAGCAAAAAAAUCUCAUCUUUUUUUGUCUUCUUUAGGUUUGGAUUUCUCUCAUUGCUUCCGCUUCUCGAUCCAUUUGGAAUCUCUGUGUGGUCUGGCUCUCGCCCUUCUGCGUUUUUUGAAUUUUAAUCGGCUUAGCACGGAAGGAUUGAUGCUGGAUGGAUGGGGUUUACAUGAGAUCGGAGUUUUCUCUCUAGUGUGGUGUCUGCUAUCAGCUCUCAAGGCUACUGGGUGUCUCUGGUUUUGUGGAAUUUUUUUCAUCCAUGGAGUGUUCCACAUUGAGGGUUUUAUUGAAUUAAAAUGAUGAAUUCUUUGAGGGUCCGGCUCAUUGAGCUGGCGUUGGUUUCGUCGAAAGGGGUGAAACAUAGAUGGACUUGCGGGUAGCUGCGGCAGCGAGCGGCGCGGGGUGUUUGGUCGAGCGUUGGCGAAAGGCUGUGAAGAAGGGGAAAAAUGCUUGUCAGAGCCACUUCAUAGGGUUUUACUCACAAGAAAUCCAAAAUGCCGUCGUCGAUGGACAAGAAGAAUGAUCGGAAGAGCUUUGAAUCUGGGGGCAAUAUUUUUCAAAGAUUGAUUAAAAGGCAAACCGCAGAAGAUUCUUCUUCUGGUAAUGACAAGGUCCCUUGUAAUACCCCUAGAAAGUUUUGGGAAUCAAGGGUUAAUGCUCCAUUAGAGGGAAUGGCUUCUAGUAGUGGGGUUAAAGGAGACACUUUGAUGAGUUCAGGCGAGUAUUUAAGGGACCACAGUAAUCUUUUGAGUUUGCAGCCAUGGAUUUUUAGAAAAGACAGUAGUCAAAUAGGUGAGAAAGGGGGGAAGGUAAAUGGUGAGUUUUCUGAUAAAUCUGGGUAUGAAAUGAAUAGGUUCAGCAAUGCCUCACUAGUCGAUGUCUCUCCGAUAAACGUGAGCCUUAGUUAUGGGCAUGGUAAAGGCCGAAGAACUCUUAGGAACAGACGGUCUCACAGGUAUUCUGUGAAGCCUCUUACUUCUAUGGAGACCUGUCUCAUCCCUCAGCUUUACGAAGAAAAUUUUGAAAUUGAAGAAUAUGUAUUUAGUUCACUGUCGCCACCUAGUGCACAAGCUGCAAAGCCAUUUGUUAUAACCGAUGGGAACAGAGUAAUCAGCAAAUCGAGUCAUGAACAUUUGGGCAACAAUGGUUUGCAUAAGGAUGUUGCAGAUAGUUCAGGAGUAAAGGAAACUGUUGUUGGAGUUUCUCCUCUUCCAGACCUAAAGAAACUGAAACGAAAGAGCAGGGAGAUGCAGCAUGGAAGGUUGGUCUCUUCCAAUUCUCAGAGAUCCUGCAAAUUUCCACAUUCACAAGAGUCAUUUGAUGGAAUGCUUGUUUUCUGUCUUGGAGUGAGUAUUGGUGUGAUAUCCACUAUUAUGUCGAAUAGAAAAGAAGUUGAAAAAUUAAAUGACCAACUGAAGCACACAGAAAACUUGGUUCGAGAUUUACAGGAAGAGUUGGAGAUGAAAGAUUCACUGACUGUUGAGGAAUUAGCUAAUGAAGCUUGUGGAAGCCAUGGACAUGAUUACGGCAAGGCAAAAACAGAAGAUUCCAUUGAAUCCUUUAAGGAGAAGGUUCCAAUGUCUUAUUUUCCUGAAAAGGAAACAGUGGAAUAUAACAAACUGCAAUUGUCCAAUGUUGAGUCAAUGAGUAAAAUCGAAGCAGAGCUUGAAGCUGAACUUGAGAGACUCGAGUUAAACAUGAAUGCUAAUAGUCUGGACGGAAGAAUCUCUGCCUUUGAUGAGUUUGAUGAAGACCUUAUCGCUGAUGUCAUUCAUGGGGAGCUGCGAGAAGAUAUGCUUGAAGGGGGAGCUCAUAACAGGAAAGAUGAUAAUGACGCAGACAGCAAGAGAACCUCCACAACUGAGACACAUAGUGGGAAUUAUGCUGUUUCACCUAGAGAGCUCAGCUUACGGCUCCAUGAAGUGAUCCAACUCAGACUAGAAGGACGAAUUAAAGAACUUGAAAGAGCACUCGAGCAAAACCAGAAGCAAUUGCAGUUGAUGGAAGUCGAUAGAGUUCUCUCUCUGAAAGCGUUCUCGAGCAGUGAUGUGGGAUCUUAUUCCACCCAAGAAAGCCUGACCAGGAUAAGAACUGAUAAUUCUCCAAGUCAAGCAUUCUGCUUAAACCUAUCAGGUGACGCAUUACAUGCAUAUGAUGAGGCAUAUGAGGAGUUCUCUCACAUGACCAAUACCGAGAAGGAGAAUGUGCAAUUAACCGCCAACAGGAAUAAUAAAAAUUUUUGUGUCGCUGGGCUAUAUGCCGAUUGGAGUCCAAUAUGGGGUAUGGAAGGUGGCAGUGCAGACAAGUUACCAAAAUGUGCACAAUUUUUUGAACAGGAGCCAACACAUGAGCAGUUUAAAGAAAACAAGGAAUCAAAUGAUGCUCUUGAGAGCAAUGAAGAUAAUGAAGAUGAAUCCGAUGAUGAUGAUGAUGAUGAUGAUGUUGAUGAUGAAUUGAUCCAACAGAUUGUAGAGAGGACCAGGCAAGGGUCACCUGGAGUGUUACAUGCUCAAAAAAUGCUCUUUUCAUGGGAUGAAUAAUUUUCCAGUGGUCAUUACCCAUGGGGAUUAGAGUUUUUUUGUCUAAUACAAAUCAGGAAAAAAGCAGCAAUUAUGAAUUUAAUCCUUAAAAAGAUUGAUCCCUAA